AUGCAGUGUAAAGUCCUCAUCUGCGUCGUCCUCUUGACUCUCAAAAAGCAUGUGUCUCCAACUGAAAUACAGACUGGCCCAAACACAAAUGCGACCCUCCCCUGCAAUGUGACAUUCCCUCUUUCUGUAACAGGGGAUAUAAUAAACAAAUCCCUCAUUGAAGUCAACUGGACACGCAAUGAUUCUGACAUUGCCUCAUUUGGAAAAGCACAGGACGAUAUAAAGGAAGGCUUCAGCUGGAACACCAGUGAUUUCGUCAAUGGGGACUUUUCACUGACCAUCCUCAGAGCUUCUUUCAACGUGCAGGGACUGUAUGAAUGCACAGUCAGCUACAACUCCAAAAUGCUGCACCUUAGCAACGUCACAUUUAGUAUUCUCGCUUCUCCAACUCUCUCAAUCCCUCAGCAGUGGGUGGUGUUAGAGACAAAGAGUCAACUUGAGUGCUAUGCAGAUGGUUUCUACCCCCCUCCUGUCUCUUUCUCCUGGUCCAGAGAUGGACAAGAGAUUCCCUCUACCAAAAUGGUUGACAGUGAACAGACUGCAGAUGGAUACUACAGGGCUGUGGGCAACCUAACUUUCUACCCCUCCCGUGAGGACCAGAAUGCAACCUUUGGCUGCAAAGUGUUACACAGUGGCAGCUAUCAAGAACUAGAUUUUCAAAUCAAUAUCACCUAUCUUCCUUCUGUUAAACUUUCUGUCAUGCCAUCUUCCUCCAACGACAUUCCUCUCACACUUUACUGUGAUGUGGAAAGUUUCUACCCGGAGGAAAUGUCUGUGUCCUGGUUUCAAAAUGGCACAGUCCUCUCUGAACCACCUGACACAGAGAAGAACCCUGAUGGGACCUACAGAACUAGACGGUACUACACUUUGAGUCCAGAGCAGAGGGAGCAAGGUGGGAAUGUGGAGUGUGCAGUAAACCAGCCUGGGGUACAGCAGCCAUCUCGUGGCUCAGUGUAUCUCAGUGAACUGGAUCACAAAGAUGAGGCUCUGGUGUUGACGAAAUCAGCCAAAGCAUCUGUGGCUAUGAUGUGUAUUUCUAUUGUGCUCGUCUUCCUGCUUUGCUUCGGCUUCUCUUGGAGGAGAAGGGAUGAGAAACAGAAAUCUCUCAGUGUGUCAGGGAUCAUCCUCCCUCCACGCGUGACUGUAGGACAAAAGGGCAGGGUGACAGUGAGCAUUGAAGGCAGGAGGGUGGACCGAGUCCAGACUGCUUGGUUCCUCAAUGACACCCCUAUCUCUGACACCUCACUCACAGUAUCAGAAAAAGGUCCCCUCCUGCCCUCGAGAGGAGAAAUGGGGUACUACAAGCUGCAUACUGAGGGGCCGCUGCACUCCUCUGGAAGUGCCACUCAACAGCUGGUCUCCUCGCUCACCUUCAUCCCCCAGAUUUCAAUCCACAAGGGGGCUGUGUUCAAGUGUCAGGUGUUCUACCUAGGCAAGGAGAAGAUUGUGGCAGAGAGGGUGUCUGAGAAAUUUACAAUUUUGUACAUAGAUCUGAACAUAUCUGGCUAUAAAAGGUCACAUUCUUGCAAUUUCUGUCCUCCAGAUAUCAUGAGCCUGACAGUCCGGGCGUCCCACUUCCACCCGGAUAUCAUCACCUUCCGCUGGUUCUGCGAGGGAGGUGAGCUGAGCCCUGUGGCCUCGCAGGCCUCGUCCUCCCCGCGGCCAAAUUCUGAUGGCUUCUUCUCAGCCUCUAGCCAGUGUAAGCUGCCCCGAAGUGAACUGGAAAUGGGGGGCACCAAAGUAUGGGUCAGUGUCCACCACAUCGCCCUGAAGCAGCCAGUCACCCGUGAGACCAGAGGUUUCAUCAAGAGGCCGUGUGUGUCCGAGAUUGUCGGCUCCACUUUCUCCCCAGAACAGGCUCUGACUCUGGGAUGUGAAAUCACUGAUUUCUACCCUCCCAACAUAUCAGUCACCUGGCUGAAGCUGAGAGAAGGAGAGCAAGAUGACAGAGAGGAGGAGGUGAUCGAAGGAGGGGAGAUGUGGGGGCCCAUUCAGACCCAACCCAAACUCUUCAGGGCUUCAGCCAUCCUGAAGAGGAAUGUAACAAAUCAGGAGAAAAAGGAGCGAGGAGGAGGGAUUGUUUGUAGAGUGGAGCACUGUUCCCUGCAAGAGCCUAUUGAGAGACAGUGGAGAAAUGGUGGCAUUGAAACCAAAGCUGCUAUCACAGACCCCAACAUUCAAGGAAUAGAGUACAUCGAUGAAGACGGAGAGAAUAACAACAUCGACAGGGAUGAAGAAACAAAGUCAGAUGUGUACGAGAACAGUGAUGAAGAACAGGAAGAAGACUCGGGUGCACUGCACAUCAACAGAGUUAACUUGACGAAAGGUCCUAGAGAGAAUGAGAGGGCACGUCUGAGAGUCUGUGUGGAGAUCACACACCCUUCACUCAAGCUUCCUGUUUAUCGAACCUGGACAGAAACAAAAUGGUCAAAGAGUCAGAGAGGAGGAAGUUUGAAGAUGGACCCCGACAGUCCCAUUGCCAGGGUUGAGAGGACUUUCUGGAACGUUUGGAACUAUAUAACUGUAGCUGUGAACAGAUUCCUCAGACCAGUGCCCACUGACAUAGUCAGCAAUGAACCAAACUCACUCCAGGAAUCUGCAGUUGACAGUGAGCCUGCUAACUGUGGUCACACAGUGGGGGACACUUGCAGAGGGCAAGUUGAUGAGGAACAGGGUCUUGCAGCAGCCUCUCUGCUCAGCUCAUCUCGGCCAGUUGUUGCCUGGGAACUUUGCACCACAGAAAUCAACUUAGGGCAUGAUGAAGAAAACAGGCAGGACAAGUGCCAGCUGAGUAGAGGCAGUGAUAGCAAAGCAUCUGAGGAAGGUGAUGGCACAAGAGAGGGACAGUUUACCCAAUCAGGAAAUGAUGGUACAGGCUUGCUCAUUGCUGAAGACGCAGGAACAAAAGAAGACGAACAAGUAGAUAGUAGAGGCAGUGAGAGGAAAUCAUCAGAGGAAGAUGAUGACAUGAGAGAGGAACAGUUUACCCAAUCAGGAAAUGAUGAUGCAGGACCGCUCAUCGCUAAAGCCACUGGACCAAAAGAAGACGAACAAGAAGAGAAUAAGGGUUGGAAAUUGGACAUUCCAGAGCGAGACGGAAUUGAGGGACAUGCGAACACUGUGUCACUGAAUGCUGCAGAUGAUGCAAUGAGUGAAGACAUUGAGGAAAGCGGAAGAAAAGAAGGUGAUGAAGAGGAAUCUGGCAGGGCAAUGACACAGGAAGACCCACAAAAAAUGGAUGAAACCGUGACAAAUAUCCAAAUACAGGAAGAACACAGUGAAAUGCAGUGUGAGGUUGAGCAUGAUAACACAUACUCACACACUGUUUGCAGCGUGGAGGCAGAAGAAACUGAGGUAAAAUUGUGCACACUCACAGAUUUGAGUCUCAAAGAGGAUGCCACACAUGUAGAGGCAGAGACAGCAGUGACACCUGAAGAAGUAGAAACCAGUGAUAGUGUGUUACAGGUGGCCUCUGAAAAUGAAAACAACAGACAAGCCGAAAAUCUGCUCUCUGUCUGUGAAGAGUUGUCAGAUGUUGACAGAAAUUUGGAGUGCGGCCCAAGUGUGGUCUCAUCAGAUGCCACACUAAUGGCUGAUGACAAGAGUGUAAUUUUGUCAGAUGAUGAUCAAAUAGUUAAAGGACAAGAGCAGGUGAUGCUUGAAAGAACUGAAAUGAUUAUGUAUGAUAUAGCUGAGGAUGAGAAAGAAGAGGAUGAAAGUGCAGUGGAUUUUGAGGAGCAUAGUGUUGUUAUCAUGGAAGAAAAUGUCAAUGAGUUGGCUGGGACAACCAACAACAAGACAUCAGAUGAAGUCCCAGAGCAGGAAAAUGACAUAGAGACAGUUACAGAAGACAAUCAAGAAGAAGACUUUACAACUGAAUGUGUUGCAUGUAGCGAAGACUUCACACAGACUGCUACAACAGAGCUGUACAAAGCUGAAUUCACAGAUGGAGAACAAGAGCAUGUGGCUGAGGACACUGAAGUCAAGACAAAAACAACAGAGACAGAUGAUGUUGAAAUUAAAAGCUAUGGUGCAGUGAAUGAUGAAAAAUCUGAUGGGAACAAAGCUGGAGCAGAACAGGAGAGGCUUUUAAAUGAAGAUGACAACAAUGAAGAAUGCAUGGAAAUAGCUUGUGCAACCACCGCAGUUACAGUAAAACCUGAUGGUGAGGCCGGACAGGAAAUAAGCAGAGAGUUUAAAAAUAUUCCCCCAGGUAUAUUUGAAAGCGGCAUGGAGGCAGAAAAAACUGAGGUAAAAUUGUGCACACUCACAGAUUUGAGUCUCAAAGAGGAUGCCACAUGUGUGGAGGCAGAGAGAGCAGUGACACCUGAAGAAGUAGAAAACAGUGAUGGUGUGUUACAGUUGGCCUCUGAAAAUGAAAACAACAGACAAGCUGAAAAUCUGCUCUCUGUCUGUGAAGAGUUGUCAGAUGUUGACAGAGAUUUGGAGUGCGGCCCAAGCGUGGUCUCAUCAGACGCCACACUAAUGGCUGAUGACAAGAGUGUAAUUUUGUCAGAUGAUGAUCAAAUAGUUAAAGGACAAGAGCAGAUGAUGCUUGAAAGAACUGAAAUGAUUAUGUAUGAUAUAGCUGAGGAUGAGAAAGAAGAGGAUGAAAGCACAGUGGAUUUUGAGGAGCAUAGUGUUGUUAUCAAGGAAGAAAAUGUCAAUGAGUUGGCUGGGACAACCAACAACAAGACAUCAGAUGAAGUCCCAGAGCAGGAAAACGACAUGGAGACAGUUACAGAAGACAAUCAAGAAGAAGACAUUACAACUGAAUGUGUUGCAUGUAGCGAAGACUUCACACAGAGUGCUACAACAGAGCUGUACAAAGCUGAAUUCACAGAUGGAGAACAAGAGCAUGUGGCUGAGGACACUGAAGUGAAGACAAAAACAACAGAGACAGAUGAUGUUGAAAUUAAAAGCUAUGGUGCAGUGAAUGAUGAAAAAUCUGAUGGGAACAAAGCUGGAGCAGAACAGGAGAGGCUUUUAAAUGAAGAUGACAACAAUGAAGAAUGCAUGGAAAUAGCUUGUGCAACCACCGCAGUUACAGUAAAACCUGAUGGUGAGGCCGGACAGGAAAUAAGCAGAGAGUUUAAAAAUAUUCCCCCAGGUAUAUUUGAAAGCGGCAUGGAGGCAGAAAAAACUGAGGUAAAAUUGUGCACACUCACAGAUUUGAGUCUCAAAGAGGAUGCCACAUGUGUGGAGGCAGAGAGAGCAGUGACACCUGAAGAAGUAGAAAACAGUGAUGGUGUGUUACAGUUGGCCUCUGAAAAUGAAAACAGACAAGCCGAAAAUCUGCUCUCUGUCUGUGAAGAGUUGUCAGAUGUUGACAGAGAUUUGGAGUGCGGCCCAAGCGUGGUCUCAUCAGACGCCACACUAAUGGCUGAUGACAAGAGUGUAAUUUUGUCAGAUGAUGAUCAAAUAGUUAAAGGACAAGAGCAGGUGAUGCUUGAAAGAACUGAAAUGAUUAUGUAUGAUAUAGCUGAGGAUGAGAAAGAAGAGGAGGAUGAGAGCGCAGUGUAUGAUGAGGAGCAUGGUGUUAUCAUGGAAGAAAAUGUCAAUGAGUUGGCUGGGACAACCAACAACAAGACAUCAGAUGAAGUCCCAGAGCAGGAAAACGACAUAGAGACAGUUACAGAAGACAAUCAAGAAGAAGACAUUACAACUGAAUGUGUUGCAUGUAGUGAAGACUUCAAACAGAUUGCUACAACAGAGCUGUACAAAGCUGAAUUCGCAGAUGGAGUACAAGAGCAUGUGGCUGAGGACACUGAAGUGAAGACAAAAACAAGAGAGACCGACAAUGUUGAAAUUAAACGCCACGGUGCAGUGAUUGAUGAAAAAUCUGAUGGGAACAAAGCUGGAGCAGAAGAGGAGAGACUUUUAAAUGAAGAUGACAACAAUGAAGGUUGCUUGGAAAUAGCUUGUGCAACCACUGUAGUUACAGUAAAACCUGAUGGUGAGGCCGGACAGGAAAUAAGCGGAGAGUUUAAAAAUAUUCCCCCGGGUAUAUUUGAAGGCCAGACUGUUGUGUCGCAGGAGCUGAAUUCUACAACAUACGAGGAAGCCCAAGAGGGAGUUCCUGAAUACAACAAUGAGCCUGGGCCAUAUGAAAACACAACACAAAGGAUCCUGGAAGGAGGAGAUGACGAAGUAAUCCAGACCACCCAAUUACCAGAAGAGGUGGAGAGUGAGGAGCUGAAGAGCCUUCAACACAGUGGCAGCAGUAGUGACUAUUUAUUGUUGAAAGAGCGCAUGGAGACGGAACAAGAUUCAAGACUUACAACAACAGAAGACGGUAGCUUUGAUGAGGACGCCAGGACAUUGAGCAUUACUGAUGCAAAAGAAUUAGAGAAACCAUUUGCUGAACCAGUAAUUCAAGAAUCAGGACAUUUACCCGUGCAAGAGGAAGGACAAUUAUUGGACAGCUCAAUGAAGACGGGGAUCUCAGAAAAGGAAUUUGAGACACACAUUGACUCAGCAAACAAUAAGACAACAAAAGAGCUACAAGAUGGGACUGAAGAGUUUUUGGUUGAAUUUGAAGUAGAUGAAGGUUUGUGGGACUCCAGAGAAGCUGAUGCUGCUAGAGGUGGUCAUGAGGCCACAGGAGCAGCUGAGGAGGUGGCCAGAUUUGCUGAUGAAACUUUAAAACUCCUUGAUGGUGAAGCACAAAAGAUAAGUUUCUUCGAAGAAUCUGAAAAUGCCAUAAGCUCCACCAGCAGGAUGUUCAGUUUACUGGGAGAUGUUGCUGAACCUGGAUUCCUGAAACAGCCAUUUGAGACAGAGCCUAAAUUACUUGAGGAUCACACUGCGGAAACGCAAGAUGCAACAAACGAAAUGCAAGAUGCAUGGACAGGUAUGGAAGAAACAAGCUACGGGUUUGAAGAAAACGUUGCAGAAGAUGAGAUGCAGAGCAAAAAUGAUACAGAAAUAUUAAAUCGGCAGGUGGUGGAACUGGCAACUGAGCUAACCACGGACACAGAUAAAAAGGAAAGUGCUGUGAUUGCAAGAUUGGAAUCAUCUACACAUAUAAAAGCUGAGGCACAAGUUAACACAUUGGAUACACAAGUUCAACUAUCAGAAGAAGCACAGGAGGAAAUAUUAACAGACACAGAAACAGCUGAGGAUUCGAUGAGAACUGAGUCAGGACCAAAACAUUUGACUGAGAUGUCACCAGAAGAAAUAACAGAGCAGGAAUCAGAUGGGAAUUACACUGAAGAGACAGGAAGCCCAGUCAGAGGACAUCCAGAUAUGAUCGAGGAAGAAAUCCUUGACCUGUGGAUACAGGCUGCAUUGACAGAUGAAACUGUUGACACAAAAGAACAGGAACAAAAAAUGGACACUGAAAUGGAGCCACCAAAUGAGGAACAAGAUGAAAUUCACUCAGAGAAGGAGCACCUAAUGGAAUCAAAUUCACUAGAAUCUGGGUUAGUGAGUGACUCAGAAAUAUCUUUAUCAACAGCAGAGUCAGGAAUUUUGGACCAAUCUUUUGGUGAAUGGGGAACACAAAAUAGUGAAACUUGGCUGCCUGAGUCAUUUCAAGGCACAGAUCACAUCUUUGCUAGUAUGCACGCAUCAACAGACAUCUCUGAACUAUCUAUAAAACAACAGGAAUUUGAACCUCAAGAUUUGUUGAUAGAAGUAACAGCUGAGGCAGGGCAAUCAUAUCUAAAAGACGAGGAAUCGAUCACUGUGACAGAUCAGGAAUCAGAUAAAUUGCAAGAAAAAACAGAAGAAGAAAGAGUUGAAUCAGUGGAGGUGGGAGCUGCAUCACAAAAAGAUGCAAAUGUGAUGCCAAAAAUGACUUCUCCUUUUGCAGUAGACCACACAAACAUUGAAGAUGAGCCUCUUGAGAUAACUGUGUCAGACUCUCUCAGUGUCAUCAGUUCAGGACAAUCUAGAAGUGGCUCAGAGGAUUCGUUACAGGAUGGAAUUGUGUUGACAGAUUCUGGUUUACAAGGUGAAACCUGUGUUGAAAUGAAGCUGCCCUCACUGGACGAACCACAGGCCCUGUGGUCAGAAGACAUCACUGAGCCAUCAUCUGGACUGAUCGGGGCUGAAGUGGCACAACAGCCAAGGACAAAGUCUGAGGGUCAGAUAGAGGUAAAUGCCCCUGUGUUGGACUUUACUGCUCAAAGGUCAAGGAUUGCAGUGAAAAACCCUCAUGUGAGACCGCCAAAAGAUCCCCGCUCCCUUUUACAUAUGCCCUCAGUGGAUCCUACGCCGUCUACACGUCUGCCAGUCAAAGUGCUUGCAGGUGUACCUUUGGGAGGCAUGGGCAUUGGAAUAAAACUGCCUGGGCUUGGCGCUGGUUUUCCUGUGUUAAAAAAGACACAAAGGGUUGUAAGAGAUGAAAACAACCCUGCAACCUCAUCACAGGAAUCUGAGAAAAAGCCAGAGGAGAAAGAUGAUGCUCCCAAACAAGAUGAAGUGCCACAAAAACCUAAAUGGAUGCCACCAAGACACCCAGGAUUUGGAAAUCCACUCAUGUCUGAGCUCAAGACCAAGCUAAAGAAAACCACAAAAGACUGAGAAGAAGUUGAAUUGUAAUUAUUUGUGUAAAUAUCUGAAUGUAUUAUUAUAAUGCUUUCUCUUUGGUGUAUUUAUCAAACUGGUAUAUAGUGAUUAAAUGUUUAUCAUUUCAA